AUGGCGAGUAUCGGCCGUUUUGCCUUCGCCGGUGUUUCGACCGCAGUUGAGGUAACCAACGCUCUCGCGAGCGUCAACAUUGACUUUUCACUCGUCAAGAUUGAUCCGCCGCACGAGUUCCGGGACGUUGGCGAGAUCCUCGCCCCGAAAAGGCGGAACACGGCAGAGGAUGGCCCCCUCCACAUCACGGCCCGACGACUCGGCGCCAUCUUCGAGGCCAUUCUGCCACAGACCCCGCAGCUGAUCAAGUCGUACGGCCACCGCGCCUCAGAGAUUGCGAGGGCCUCGGCCAAGGCGUCGCCAGCCAGCAAAGGCAUCUUUUCUCAACAGGCAGGGAUCGACGCCGCGAGCAUCUGGGCCGGGGCUACCUCUGGGUCAGGCGCCAUCCAGGUGCAUCUGCUUGCCUGCAUGCUCGCACGGAUGUGGACUGGGCCCGAGGCCACGUCGAUAUGGGUCGAGCUUCUCAAUUGCCGGCGGAUGAGGCUGGAGGAAGAGUUUAGGAAGACGGGAACUAUGGAUAUGAGGACGAUGGUGGCUGUCAAGCAGCAGAUCGAUCGAGCUCAGCUGGCAGAGUGGGACGCCAGUGCCCGGGCGUGGCUGCGAAUUGCGGACAUUGCGAAGAAUCUACAGCAUAAACAGCUACUCCUCAUACUGGGGAACCUGGACAAGGUCGUCAACUCGAAACCGGUGUUGUACGACAGUGUCAUCAAGGCAUGGACCACGGGCAUGGAGGGUAUGGAGGCUCUCCUCCAAGGGUCGCCGAUGAUGAUGCAGACGGGAGACAUGCCACUUGCUCUGUCGUCGUGGCACAUCUAUCCAGACCUCAACAUUGUCUCUACCACCACCAAACUCGUUCGUCAAAAGGACAGUCUUGUUCCCGCCUCCGGCAUCCUCACGAUUGGUCUGGAAAGACACGACAGUAAUUCGUCUAAAGGCCUUCAGUGGAGCCUUCCACUGGCCCACCUGAGAUUUUACGGCAACCCCGUGAAGAGAGUCAGCGAGCUGACGAUACAAGGCGCGCGCCUGUCUCUGCUAGAUUUUGAUAUGGCGGUUCUUGGUUGUGUGCUGGGAGGCUGGGGCGAUCCCGACUCUGACCUAGAUGCUAUCAGAUGGAUGUCUAAGAUUUCUGAUUUGAUGGUGUCUACAUACCCAGACGAGUCUCACAGGCUGGAUAAUACAUGGCUGCGGAUCCUUGGAAAGACAGCUUCGGCAUUCCUAGAAUCUACCGACACUGAAAGACAGAGGUUCACGAAACUCUUGUAUCUUGGCCGUGGACGUCGAUCUUUCAUCGCGGACAGAAGCCCGCCUUUCUUCGGACUGACCAGCAUAGACCUUUUGAUGCGCAUGGUGAGAACUUCAGAGCAGCGGGUGAAGAUACUUAGGGCUCACAUGCAGCGCGCUGGUAUUCCGUUUGAGCAUGCCAUCAUUCGGCCGACGCCAAAAAGGACAAGCCCUGGGUCCGAUUCCUCGCGGUCCAAGAGCAGUGUUGGCCAUAUUCGAUGGAUCCACCAAACAUCCGCACAGCUGAUAUCCCCAAACGAGGACUUGGUGGAGCGUCCUCAUGCUGGGGCAGAUGUUUAUCCCGACAUUGACGCAGACGAGACAAACAAAGAGAUGGAAAGGCGGGCCGUCGCAGACAAGAGGGCUUCCCACAUCACACUAGAAAACGAAGCUGAGCAUGCCUUCCGCCAGGCGAAAGAUAAGUACGAAGCUGUGGGCGAGGAAGUUUUGUCAGUUGAAGGGGAGCACAUUAAAACCAUCUCAAAUCCGGGCAGAAGGCUUAUGAGAGUGAGAUGGGGCAUGACCCAAGUUGGCCCCGGCUUGGAGGAAUAUGACCACUGGAUCGGACCAAUGAAGCACUACGAGCAGUGGUUUGGCGAUGUCCAAACCGCAGCUGUUUUCCUUCGCCUAGACCAAGACCCGGCCGUGCCUGGAGGGGAAAUCCGGGUGCCAUUUCGAGAGUUGGCAUCCCUCUUCGACCAGGACGCGAUUGACCCCGAAGCCUUCAUCAGCGAAUUACUCCGUGGGAAUGCCCCCGGCAAAGCAUACAGCGACUCUCUACGGGCGUACUCGACUAUGCACUCACUCUACCGGACGUUGAAUCAGGGGACCAUCGAUGUUCGGGUGCUCCAGAGGCCCUUGACUGGGAGCAAAUGGGUCGAGUCCCUGUUUACGCUGUCCAAUAGCCUUCUACCGGCGGCGUCGAGUAUGGGAGGUGACCGAGAAUACAUCCAAAACAGCCCAGGAAAUGUUUCCGGAGACGAAGCCAGCUCAGGUGGCGAAAGUGAAACAGAGGACGAAGCAUUGCAAGCGGGCUCGUUCCAGGACAUCAUGGAAAUGCUCAAUGUCGACGUACCAGAGACACCCGAGACACCCGGCCCAGUGGUACAGGUCAAGACUGCUGCAGUGAAAGACUUGCUGCAUGUCACUGGCCCGAUAGAAAUGACUCUGGAACAGUCAUUCUCGUGCAUCUUGAUGUUCGAGAGCUCCUUCGAUGUACCUCCCCAUCAGGCCGCCAGCGUCAUGGCAAUUUCCAGUGGCAACUCGCUCUUCAUAGCUUCCUCGCUCUUGUCCGACCCGCACUCACUCCCGACGAGGCGCAAGAUCAGCCACGUCAUGGGGAACAUCGGACACCCUGGGACAGUCCUCCUGGUGCCUCCCGUUCAGCCACGGAUGACUGUCCCGGGCAUCGAGCGCUGGCCUCUCAUGACCUUCCGCGACUGGGAUGGUACCGGCAGCGACUCGUUCGCCGAGAGCUCUCUCCACCUGUGGUUCACCGGGUCCACCCAGGAGGUCAGCAUAGGCUACAGUGGAGCUCAGGACAAGGAGUUGUACAUGAUCGAGAGCGUGGUGUCCCUCCAUGGCAAAGGAGAAUGGGUCGCCGAUCUGGACAUCCUCAGGGUCCUCCAGAGCCCAUCCCUCAUACACCUGCAGAGGAAAAGCAUUCCACCGAGCGUCAAGGGGCAGGUUGUGUUGCGCGAAGGCUUCACAGAGAAACGAUCCGAGACAGGCUGUGAGGAGAACCACGUAUCUCAGUACAGUCACCAGAAACUGCCCCUGACGGCUAUCGAGACAUGGUGGGAGCUGUUGGAAAGGUCAUCCAAGGACUGUGUCUUCCUAGCGGCUGGCAACUGGCAGGCACGGCUGGCGGCGAUGAUGAUAUGUAUCGCCCAGGGGAGGAAAGUCAGCAUCAUAUCGAACCCGGUCUGCUGGGACUGCGUGGCAGAUACAAAGAAGACUUUGUCCCAACAGGACGACCCGGUGGACGCUUUGUACAUAAGCCAAGCCGACAUGUGCACAGACUCAGCGCCCCACCCGGAUAUGCACUCCCAGGCUUACUUCGCGUGCUUUGAUACAUAG